AUGGCCGAGCCUUCGCCGUUUGAAUGGGUCACAGUCAAGACUACUCUCCCUUCAGUCCCCUUCCCACCCCUAGAUGCUCGGCCGGACAUCAGGACCGAACGCCUCGUCCUCCGCCGCACCUUGGAAAGCGACAUAGACGGCUGGCAUGCACUUCGCCUCCAGCCCGAGGUGAUGAAGUGGACCGGGCAGGGGAAGCCGGAUCCAGAUCUUGAGUGGUCCGGGGAGAAGCUCAAGAUGCGGCUCGCCCCUGAAGGGAACACCAAAUAUGAAUUUAUCGUGUGCUUGGCCGACACUGGCGAAUUAAUUGGCUCGGCAGGCUGCCACUUGAUGGUCGGGGAACUGGGAUGGCCCGCUAUCGGAUAUAUGCUUCGCAGGGAAUUUUGGGGCAAAGGGUACGCUACCGAGCUUCUUCACGCGUUCCUCGCGGCCUGGUGGGCUCUCCCUCGAUCCGAUUGCGUGGUCAAGGUCGAUAAGAGCACUGCAGUUGAGGAGCAGGAUGGCCGAGUGAGAGAAUGCAUCGUGGCUGUGACUUUGGACGACAAUACACCUAGUCAGAGGGUUCUUGCGAAAGCCAACAUGAACCUUGUCAAGGCCUGGAAGGAGCCUGUACGUGAUGAUAUAUCUCGAACUCGAAACGUUAUCCUGUAUGGAUAUGCAAAUAAGCGACCUUUGCCAUAG